AUGGCACAGUCUCCUUCGGAGCUCUUCGCCACAUCUUGGACUCUUCACCGCCUCUCCCCAUUAUAUCAUACAGCAGAGUCCAAACGCACCCUUCUCGAAGAUGCACAGGCAUUGUCCAUGUACGCGAAUCGACUCCGUGACAUGCUUACAGGCGAUACCCUUCACGGAAUCCGACUCUCUCUCGACGACAAUUCUUUGCUAGAUGAAGCCCUUGCAAAAGCUGGUUCCUUGAAAUCUUGCAGGUUGGAAACUCUACCCACCUGGCACUACUGGAACGAGGAGCGUUCCUUGCUCGAGGAUCCGGAUCAGGAGACUCUCACCAUCACUGCGGAGCAGUCCGCCGGUAUCCUCGUCACUCUAGAGUACGAAACCAUCAAGUAUAAGGCUGCUCUGCUCUGUGACCCCGAUGGAUAUCACACGCCCCGUGAUGAUGAUGCCACCCAUCUCCCGCUCUUGGUAACGCGUAUGCCAACUGCGCUUCGCCAGGCGUUCCUUGCCUUCCUUGGAAUCAAUUUUGAUGCACGAUGCUCCGUCCUCAGGCUUCCAUCGGGGUUUUUAUGCUCAUGCUUGGAAACAUAUUUGGCGACGUUACACCAGAGUGUCCGGGGACGCCAUGAUGCCCGGGAAGUUAUUGAACGGGUAAUGAAGGAGGUCCAACUAACACUAUCUUUUACUGCGCCUGUUGCGCCCGCUUUGAAGAGCGUAGAGGUGUCUUUGCCCCGUCAGUCGCUGAGUGAAUUUUACACUCGUGGUCUGGAUAAGUCAGAGGCCUUGCCUAAACCAGCGUACCGCGGCCAAAAACGCAAAUUAGGCUCGAACACAUCAGGCAUUUCAGGCACUGAAUCACCGACUCCAUUCAUAUCGGCAUUGUCAGACUACUUCAGGACCCAUCUCGCCAUGAAUAUUGAUAUCAACACCUCUAUUACCACAACUAUCAUUCGCACACCAGAAAAGCAUCACAUCCGACUAACGAAAAUUGCGUCUGGCGCUUUUGUCAUUGGCUUCGAAGGGCGAAUAAAACUUCUUGCGAAUCCCGGUCGGACAAUUCUUCUUGACGACUCACAUAUUGACGAGCCUGAUGCCGAAGACCUCCCGGAGGAUGCUGAGGAAAGAGAGAAGAGAUUUAUCUGGAAAGCCAAUGAGGAGCUGUUACGGGCAUUGGUUGCCAGGGCAGCUGGAAGUCAGAGUCAAACCGAGAGAGCGAGUAUGACGAACGACAGUAUAACUUGA